AUGAAGCCCGACUGGGCCGUCGUAGAACGCUCCAUACUGAAGAGGUACCGGUACGCGCACAAGGACGACACCGAAAAGUCCCUCGUCUACGCCGUAGGCGACAGCAAGCUCAAGCAGAAGUGGAAGUCGGCCUGGUUGAGCCUCAACGACGCUUCCUGCACCGUCAAUACGGAUCAGCCGUAUCACGCGCCCGGCACGCCGGCCCCAGACGUCCAAAAGACAUCGAAAAUCCAUGAGGAACGGAUCAACCCCCUGAAACAGAUGGCCACAUACUGCCGCUAUGCCGAGUCACGGUACGGCUACAUUGUCACCCAGACCGAGCUUGUAGCGCUGCGCGUACGGCGGAUUCCUGGCAGCAAGGCCCAUAACGCCGCCAUCGAGUACUGCGCCAUCCCUUGGUCGGCCCACGGCAGCGGCAAGCUGACGGCCCACCUGGCCAUCUGGGCCCUGGGCUGCAUGGGCAUGAACGACCACGAGCGCGCCUUGGAAGGUCCCAACAAAGCUGUGCUGCAGCACAUGGCCAAGCUCACCUGGUGGACCGAGGACAAGGUCAAGAAGACCUACACCAACGUCAUCUCCCGGCGCGUCGUCAACUCAGAGCAGUGGGCCAAGCUCAAGGGCAGUACUACUACCAUUCUCCACACAGACGACGCCGGCGGCAGGAGUCUCACCAGCACCUUCAUCCCCACGGGCCCGGCCAUGCCCAACAUAGCGGACCAGAUGGCCAAGCUCAACCUUGGAACGGCCGACGCUCCGCCGGCGACGCCGCAGAAAGGGGCCCCCACAUCCUCGUCGUCCAACAAGCCGAAGCCGAAGUCUUACACCAAGUGCACAAUCGAUGGCAAGACGUAUGGCCUCACCCCUGAUGCCGCGGGCAACUACGUUGUUCUGGAUUCCAAGAAGACGGUCAAGUUCAAGCUCGUAAAGGAUGCCAAGAAGAACUGGGUCGUCAGCGGCAAACCUAAUGUGGUUGCCAAGAUGGAGUAUUAA